AUGUCAUUCUUAGGAAGUGCGGCAACUACUUCUACUACUUCAGCAUCAAGUGCAGUUACAGGUCAAGAACUAUUGAAUGAUAUAACGAUAAACAACCCUCCUGAAGACUCAAUUGAAGAUCUUUCAUUCUCACCACAACAAGAUUUAUUAGCCGUCGCAAGUUGGGAUAAAAAAGUCAGAAUUUAUGAAGUGGAUUCAAAUACAGGUAACAACAUGGGUAGAGCCAUGUAUGAACAUAAUGCUCCAGUUUUCUCAUCACGUUGGUCUUUGGAUGGUACAAAAAUCAUCUCUGGUGGGGCAGACAACCAAGUGAAAAUAUUCGAUUUAGCAACCCAACAAGCACAACAAAUUGGUCAACAUGAUUCUGCUGUGAAAUCAGUUAGAUAUGUUGAAUGUGGACCUACUAAUACACAAGUUGUUGCCUCCGGAUCCUGGGAUAAAACAUUAAAAUAUUGGGACAUGAGAUCACCUCAGCCAGUUUCCACAAUCAAUUUACCAGAAAGAGUCUACUCCAUGGAUAGUUCACAGAAACUAUUAGUUGUUGGAUGUGCAGAUCGUCAUAUUAGUAUAAUUGAUUUAAAUAACCCCCAACAAAUCUUCAAGAGUUCGCAAUCUCCUUUGAAAUGGCAAACCAGAGUUGUUUCAUGUUAUCCACAGGCAAAUGGUUUUGCUAUUGGUUCAAUUGAAGGUAGAUGUGCUAUACAAUACAUCACAGAAAAUGAACAAAAGAAAUUUGGUUUCUCAUUCAAAUGUCAUAGAAAACAAGGUGGUGGUAGUUCCACUUCAACUGGUGGAUUAAGAACUACCAGUUCAAGUUCUAAUGAAUCACAAGCUUUCUCAGUCAAUGCUAUUUCAUUCCAUCCAAUAUAUGGUACAUUCAGUACAGCUGGAUCUGAUGGUACAUUCUGUUUCUGGGAUAAAGAUGCUAAACAAAGAUUGAAAAGUUUCCCAGAAUUGCCGGGUACUGUAUCUGCAACUGCAUUCAACAAGAAUGGUACUAUUUUUGCUUAUGCGGUCAGUUAUGAUUGGUCUUUGGGGUACAUGGGCAACAGACCAGAUUAUCCAAAUAUCAUUAAAUUACAUGCUACUAAAGAUGUUGAAAUCAAACAAAAGAACAAGAGGUAA